AUGGUAACCAACGCUGAACAGCAAACUGAUUCCGUCAAACAACAGAUGCAAUGUUGGACAGCUGAUGUCUCUAAGAUAGUUGACGCUAAAUCUACUUACAUCAACUGGGGGAAGGAAGACAUUCCUCAUCAAAUGAUGUUUGAUUUUGACGACGAGGAUGACGAAUUUAUGCGCAACUUUGGUAUGCUUAUCAACCCAGAGACGCUGGAAGAUGGCGACUUUGAGGGACUGAAGAAGCUGCAGAUGACCUUGAUGCCCAAGAUUACACCAACAUGGAGAUUGGUUUACGACGAGGCAAACUCCAAAGGGCAAAGGUGA